AUGUCAAAACCAACAGCAACAAACAGCCUCUCGGAAACCAUGUCCAAGCAAAAGAGACCUAUUUCGUUCUUUGGAAUGAAUGUGAAUCAAGUGAAAUCAGAGCUCACAGCACAACUUAACGACAAGGAAAAGAUGCUAAGCAGAGUCGGAACAAGCCAAAUCAGCCGAAAUGCCCUGAUUAAACAAACAGAUGUCAUUCGCAAGGAAUUAUUGGAUUUAAAUCGAUUCAAGCAAGAAGAUGAGCUGCCUGAUGAUCUUCGACUCAAGCUGGAAGGUCUGGCAAAUGAAGUACAGUUCCUGAAAAGCUCCAAGUCAACUGGUUUGCAAGACAACAGCAUGAAUGCGUCUCCUCUCUUGCUACCUCCUGCUCCAACAAACUCUUCGCCAUCAAAGCAGCGUACAAAAGUAGCAAAUGGAAAUAGACGAAAUCCUGAUAUUGAGUUCGCAACUGAAAUUGGUCAAGGGCUGUUGAUUGAAGUACGCAAACUGCAAGUGAAUAUUCAAGAAAAAGAUGAAACCAUCAAGCAAUUGGAGUUGGCGCUGGCUGAUAAAGAGCGAAAUCAAGAGGCAUCACUGAGGCAUCUGAAGCAGAGAGAAGAAGUGGAGGAGAGACUAAAGGAAGAGAAUUGGAAUCUUGAAGUUGCAAAUCAAGAGCUGCGUGCACACUUGUCAGAAUCAAACCAAGCAGUGGCCAGACACAACUCAGAAUUCAGUCGAGUGACUAAGCAACUAAAGACCCAGUCUGAGCAGAUUGACAUUAUGAAAGCACAAGAGGAGAAGAAUGCAUCUGUGGUGGAGGCAAUGAAGGCUCGCCAUGAACAGGAGACAUAUCAUCUUCGACGACACGCAGCCAGCGCACAACGCGAUAAUUCGCAACUACAAAAGCAGGUCGAGGCACUCAACACAGAGCUUAAAAUCUGCAAAGCCAAACUUUCCAUCAAACUCGCUUCAACAUCUCGCACUGCUGAAGAGCUGAAUCCAAUCGAGCCCAACGCAGAGCCCAUUCAGGAUCAAGAUUCAGAAUCCGAUCAAACCAUCAAUGCAGCAUCUACAGCAACUGUUUCACCACAAUCUCGCAACCAAGCUAUGGAAACUGAAACGUUGAAGCAAUCUUUAGCACAUGCACACCGCAUCAUCUCGAAUCUCAGAAGCUCUUACCACAAGGAAAAGUUAGAGAAGUUUGAGCUCAAAAAGAUGUUGUCUGAUAGUCAAGAAACCAUUGAGCAAAUGAGCAAGGAAAUGUCUAGUUGGAAUGCCAACAAUACCAUCUCCUUAGAAAAUGGUGGCCAUGGUCGUACAAGAGCAAAUGGGAAAAAGAAGCCCUUGACAAAGAAGAAAAGAGGUGGCGUAGCAAGACAACCCAGGGGUCUUGUUGCUAACGAAUCAGAUACAGAUCAGCAACUCCAGUUGAAUGAGGAGGAGGGCGAUAGAGAGGAGGAAUUACCAGUAGAUAGCGAGGAGGAAAACGACUAUGAAAGUGGUGAGGAAGACCCAAUGAGCUAUUUUGGAAACGCUACUGGAAACACACUGGACAGCAUGUUUGCGAACAGCACUCCAUUUGCUUCAAUUUCUAUGAAGCCGUUGUCCUCUGAAUUGGAAGCCAAGGUACAAGUGAUUGAUGCAGGCACCAAUACCGACCCUAUGGAAUUCAAGCCAUGUGCUCAUGGCCAUUCUUCUGACUCGCUGCUGUCGCCUUCUACUUUGGUGGUUUCAUCGUCCUUACCUGUCAAGCAUGAACAUGAACACCAGACAAGUGAUACACGUUCUGACUCCUUUGUCGUACAAGACAGAGAUGUUCCUCAUUUUAAUGAUCAGGAGACGCCUUGUGUAAAUGGUGCUACAACAGCAGUAACAGCAGCCAAUGCAGGCGACAAUACAAACAAACUAUCAGAAUUACCCGCCGAAACUUACAUUCAGGAAAAAAUUUCUAGAGCAUUGAUCAAGGAGAGACAGGAAAUAGUUAAGCGUGCAGAGUUCAUUCUUUCUCCUGAACAAAUAGAGACGCUAUUACCCAAUAAGGACGACUCGAUUACAAAUUCCACAUCAAAGCCAGUCAGAAAUGAUGCCAGCAACCUGCCAUCAUCAACGCCUCAGCAUACCGAACCAUCUCAAAGCCAAUUGAUACCUAAAUCUGAUGUAGACAAACUGAUUGAAUCAGCCGUUAUUGAAAAGACAGUCGAUAUGAUACACAAGUCUAAAGUCGAACAGCUCAUUGCAGCUUCAGUGCAGGAAGAAAAAAUCAAAUUCGAGAAAGAAGUAGCAGCAACUAUGAUACCCAAAACAGAGGUGGACGCCGUGGUCCAAAAAGCAACAGAAAAGGCCAGUGCCGAAGCAGUUCGGGCCCAGAAAAAUAUGAUGCCAAAGGACGUGGUGGACACUCUGAUCCAAAAAGUGCGCCAAGAGUCAAUCGUGGAAGCUCAAAAGGAAAUGGUGACAAAGACUGAAGCAGACUCAAUGGCUCUGGCAGCUGUUGCCUUGGCGACUGGAAAGCUGAUCAAAAAGAAGACACAAGAAUCUGAUGCGUUAGUCUCUGAUAUGAUUUCAAAAGAAGACGCCGAAGAAAUGGCGCAACAAGCAUCGUUAGCUGAGAAGAACAAGGUCGAUACGGCAAUUGCAACUGCAUUGAAAAAGCAAAAAUCCGAAUUUGAGUCAAUCAAGCAAUCUGAAAUGAAGCAAUUGGAAGCAAUGAAUGCAGUGACAUUGGAAAAGCUGCAAGCAAAGAUGGAUACUAUCAAAAAGUCUGAACUGGACAAGUUGAUUUUGGAAUUGGAAGCUCGAAAAGAGGCAGAUUUGGAAGGCCAAAAGAGAGAGCUUGAAACUACAAAGACUAUUGAACUGGAAAAGCAACGAUUGGAAUUCCAAGCAGCCAUGCAAGUCAAGUUGGAUGAGCAAAAGCAAGAAAUUGAAGCAAGAAUCGCAGAAAUUGAGCAGCAAAAAGAAGAGUCAAAUAUUGCCAAGCAAGCUGAAAUUGAUACCUUGACCAAGAACAUUGAAGCUUACAAGAAGGAAUCAGAAGAAAACGUUCAAAGAAUGAAGACCAUGCUUACAAAAGACAGUGCCAAUGUGCUGGUGAAACGUGCUGUGGCAGAUGCGUUAGAGGCUGCUGAUAAAAAGCAUGCUGAGGCUAUAGUGGGUAUGAUUUCAAGAGAGUUCGCUUUACGUAUGGUGCAAGAUGAAGUGGCCAAGGCAUUAGAGGCAGAGAGAAAGGAGGCUAGUGAGAGAGAAGAAGCAGAAGCAAUGCAAAUGAUCUCCAAGGCAGAGGCUGAAGCCCUCGCCAAGGUUGCUGCUGCAGAUGCCAUUGUCAAGGAACGUCAAACAAUGGCUGCUCGUGAAAAGGAACUGAUCAGCAAGGAGGAAGCUGAUUCUUUAGCAGAGGCUGCUGCAAGAGAGGCUGUAGACAAAGAGAGAGCAGAAUCUGCAUUGGUGCUGGCCAAGGAGAGAAAGGCAUUACGUGAAAAAGAAGAGCGUAUGAUCAGCAAGGAAGAAGCCGAUCAAAAUACUAAAGAGGCUGUCCAAAUCGCAUUACUGGAGCACGACAAGAGCAAGCCGACUACCGUGAAUAAUGAGAGUCCUGUGUUUACAAGAUUCAGUUCACAAGACCAAUUGGAAGCGCCCAAGUCUAUUGAGCGUUCCGUGUCUACAUCAAGAUUGAACACUCCGUCUGUUAACGUAUCGCCUGCUCCAUCCAUCUCUACGCCUACAAACACUGGCCGCAAGCUGAAAUUAUCAAGCUCUGUGUCUUCGUUACGAUUAGGGUCUGGUAGAAAGGAAAACAAUAUACAGAAGAGCCAACGUCCUAGCACAGACAGCACAUCAAAUACGUUUGGCAGUUUCCGCAUUCUGGAGAGCACCAAGUAUGGCUCACAUCGUCUUCAAUCCAAAUCGUCCAUCAGUUUACGAGACCUUUCCAACAAACAGAGCAGCUCUACCUCUAUUUCUACGAUGUCUUCCAUUGAUGAUAUCCAAAACACACAUGGUAGAAUGCCAAUGCCUAUGCGAUCUGACGAGAGCUUCAGUGGAUUUUCUACCAAUGGUGGCACUGAUAUCCAGGUGAUUUCAGCUAUUACGCAAACAAUGAUUGGUGAAUGGAUGUCAAAGCAUACGCGUCGCUAUGUAGGUGGUGGCAUAUCAGAGAACAAGCAUCAAAGAUUCUUUUGGGUGCACCCUUACACAGGCACUUUAUACUGGAGCUCGGUGGAACCAGGCUUUGAAGGAAACGGUGCCAAAGCAAAAAGUGCCUUCAUUGAAUCUGUAUCUGCUGUGCCAAGUCAUGACACUACUGGCGCAUCUCCAAUGAGUCUCUUGAUUCGCACUCCCAAGAGAGAUCUCAAGAUAACCGCACCAUCCUUAGAACGACACGAAUUAUGGCUCAAGUCCUUGUCUUUCUUAUUACACCGACCCAACGAUACCAAUAACCAAAUAAUAGAGGAACCAAGACUCACAUCAGACAGCAGUGUUGAAAAUGCUGGACAUCAACAAUCUGUCAACUCUGCAGCAAUUGAUACCAAAACAUCUGAUAGAAGUAUUCCUCAUAUUUUGGAUGUCACUCAGUAUGACUCUGACGAUUCAGAUGAUAUGGUGAACAUUAGACAAUGCUGCGAUGGUAAGCAUGAUGUCUCUACUUUAUCGCGCGGUCAGAAUCACCAUUAUCAUUAG